AUGGAGAAUAAUAAGAAACUGCGUGAAUUCAUCCUGCAAGGACUAACCAAUGCCCCAGAACUGCAGGUUUCCCUCUUUAUAAUGUUUAUGCUCAUCUACCUCAUCACUCUGAUUGGGAAUCUGGGGAUGAUCAUGUUGAUACUGCUGGAUUCUCGUCUCCACUCUCCCAUGUACUUUUUCCUCAAUAACCUGUCUCUGGUGGACUUUUGCUACUCAUCAACAGUCACUCCAAAGGUUUUGGCUGGGCUGCUUAUUGAAGACAAGGUCAUCUCCUACAGUGCGUGUGCUGCUCAGAUGUUCUUUUUUGCAGUCUGUGCUACUGUGGAAUGUUACCUCUUGGCUUCAGUGGCCUAUGACCGCUACGCAGCAGUGUGUAAACCCCUCCAUUAUACCACCAUGAUGACGACAAGUGUGUGUGCUCGUCUGGCCAUAGGCUGUUAUGUCAUUGGUUUUCUGAAUGCUUCUAUCCAAACUGGAGACACCUUCUGCCUCUCUUUCUGUAUGUCCAGUGUGAUCCAUCACUUUUUCUGUGAUGUUCCAGCAGUCAUGAUUCUGACUUGCUCUGAUAAGCACAUUAGUGAGCUGAUCCUUCUUCUUAUUUCGAGCUUUAAUGUCUUUUUUGCACUUUUUGUUAUCUUGAUUUCCUACCUGCUCAUAUUUAUCACCAUCUUGAAGAUGCACUCAGCUGAGGGAUAUCAGAAGGNUGUGCGGGCUGUAUAUGAGAAUAGUGUCUUCAUGUCCACUGAGGGCAGCAGCCAAGUUCAGACCCUCUGGUCCUUCCCAGACACUGUCUACCAGAUGCUGGUCCAGAGAUAG